AUGGCGGAAGCACAAGAUGUGGUGAUAGUAGGCAUAGGCUGCCGGUUUCCGGGAGCAAAUAGCGUACACGAGUUUUGGCGACUUCUGAAGAACGGAGAAAACCAUGUGAUCGAGGUGCCACCAGACCGAUGGAAUAUCGAGACAUUUUACGACGCAGACCCCAGCACGCCUGGCAAGAUGUACGUUCGACAGGGAGGCUUCAUUCCUGGCGUGGAAGAUUUUGACAACAGAUUCUUUCGUAUCUCGGACGAGGAGGCCCGCAUGAUGGAUCCGCAGCAGAGGCUGGUAUUGCAGUGCGUACACAUGGCUCUGGAGGACGGCGGUAUCACUAGAGUGGAGCUACAGAGGGGAAAAACUGGGGUGUAUAUAGGCUCGAUGACGUACGACUACAACGUGCAGGCCAACGAGGAUGUAACUUCUGCUGGCCCGUACGCUGUGACCGGCAAUCACUUCAGUAUCAUCAGCGCCAGAGUGUCAUACAUAUACAACUUGACAGGCCCAGCCAUGACCAUUGACACGGCUUGUUCAUCGUCUCUGGUUGCCAUCAACACAGCAUCUCAGGCUUUAUUGCAAGGUGAUUGUGAUAUGGCGAUAUGCGGAGGAGUGAACUGUUUGUUCGAACCGAAUGUGUUUGUUGCGCUGUGCAAGGCACGAAUGUUGUCUCCGCACGGCCAGUGUCAAACUUUCACUAAGCACGCCGACGGCUAUGCACGUGGCGAGGGCUGCGGAAUCGUCAUUUUGAAAAGAAUGGACAAGGCAAUUGAGCAGAGCAAUAAAAUAUGGGGCCUGAUUCAAUCUGGAACCAAUCAGGACGGACAUAAUGCCCAGCCAAUCAGUGCACCCUCCGGCCUUCAACAAGAGAAACUGAUGGAAGAGUUAUUUACAAAACACAAAUUAGACAGAAGCAAAAUACAAGUUAUCGAGGCACAUGGCACUGGAACUGCAAUUGGUGAUCCAACAGAAUGCAGGGCUCUUGGAAAAGUUCUCGGUUCAAAGAAAUUCCGAAAGUAUAUCGGGUCAGUGAAAACCAAUAUCGGUCACCUUGAGGCUGCAGCAGGAGUUGCUGGUCUGAUCAAGGCGACGUAA